ACAAAGGCCAAUUCUACUUUUAUGUAAACUGUGAUGCAUGAGGAGAAGAUACACUUAUGAUCAGAAACUCAACAAGUUUAAACAUGGAGAUCGGUUGAUUUCAAGUAAAGAAGAAGACGAAGUCAAAGUGGAAAUAAUUUAGAGAAAACAGCAAAUAAAGUAAAAACCCUUUUCUCUGUCUCUGAUUGAGCUUUAAGAUAAAGAUACAGAAUCCUGUGGGUUCCUGAUCCUUUAACUCACACGUUAACAUGCUUAACUGUAAAGCAGAGAGCCUUCGCUCCCUUAGUCAAACCAAACCCCUACGAAAAAGACACCGUAUCCGUGAUUUUUCUCUGUCUUUUAUACACCUUCUCUGUAAAUAUCGGUAUAUUCUCCUUCAAUUUUAAAAAAUAAUAAGUAAAAUAUCCGCAUAUGAAAUUGAUCAUUCUUUUUGUUUCCAUUCUUCUUCUUAAAAAAAAAAUAUGUAUAUUCACUAAACCAACUUUUUUGCCUUUCACGAGAUGAUAAUUACCCUUUUAGUCUUUUUAGCUUGAGUUUUGUUUGUUUUCUUUGGUGUACACUUUCAUGGUUCUUUGCUUUUCCCUGUCUUUUUCUGUUCUAUAAGGGCUUCACGUGUACCCUUCUAUUGAACUGUUCGAGGCAUUUUUUUACCCUGAUAUUCUAUUUUUAGUUUUGGAUUUGGUGUUUUUAUUUCGGGUUCUUAUCCAUUUCAUUGAAUUUUCUCAGUUUUUUUCUUUUUUGAUAUUUUUAUUCUCCUUUUCUAAAUCAAUUUAGCCAAUUUCAAUCAGUCUUCACUUGAAAUGACUUCACAAAAAAUUUGAGCUUUUUUUCUAUCUGGGUUUUGUUGCACGUGAGUUUUCAUUUUGCCUUGGUUGAACUCUGAGGAAAAGAAUGAAGGGAUUUGUGGUCUUUGAGUUAUUGGUUUUGGUUGCUGCAUCAGUGUUGUGUGGUUUUGGAAUGAGUAAAGAGUGUACAAACAUUCCUACUCAGCUCUCAUCUCAUACAUUCAGAUACGCACUCUUGUCAUCAAAUAAUGAAUCACUGAAGCAAGAAAUGUUUGCGCACUAUCACUUGACGCCAACCGAUGAUUCUGUUUGGUCUAGUCUGUUACCACGAAAGAUGUUAAAAGAGGAAGAUGAGUUUGAUUGGGCUAUGAUGUACAAGAAAUUGAAAAGUCCACUUCAAUCAUCUGGAAAUUUCCUUAAGGAAGUCUCGCUGCAUAAUGUGAGAUUGGAUCUCGGUUCAUUUCAUUGGAGGGCACAACAAACGAAUUUAGAGUACUUGUUGAUGUUGAAUUUGGAUAGGUUGGUUUGGAGCUUUAGGAAGACUGCUGGUUUGCCUACGCCUGGCACAGCAUAUGGUGGCUGGGAGGCCCCGAAUGUUGAGCUUCGAGGUCACUUUGUAGGGCACUACCUGAGUGCAACAGCGCAAAUGUGGGCCAGUACUCAUCAUGAAACUCUGAAAGAGAAAAUGUCUGCCGUAGUGUCUGCUCUAUCUGCUUGUCAGGAGAAAAUAGGCUCCGGUUACCUUUCUGCUUUUCCAUCUGAACUAUUUGAUCGUUUUGAAGCUAUAAAACCUGUCUGGGCUCCAUAUUACACUAUCCAUAAGGUCUUGGCAGGUCUUUUGGAUCAAUAUAUAUUUGCAGAUAAUGCUCAAGCUUUAAAAAUGGUGAACUGGAUGGUCGAGUAUUUCUACAACCGGGUUCAGAACGUUAUAACCAAAUACAGUGUGGAAAGACAUUUUCUGUCGCUCAAUGAAGAAACUGGGGGCAUGAAUGAUGUGCUCUAUAAGUUAUUCAGCAUCACAGGAGAACCAAAGCAUUUAGUAUUGGCUCACCUUUUCGACAAGCCCUGCUUCCUCGGAUUGCUUGCAGUGCAGGCUGAUGAUAUAUCAGGUUUCCAUGCCAAUACACAUAUUCCUAUUGUUAUUGGAGCACAAUUGCGAUAUGAAAUCACUGCUGAUCCACUUUAUAAGGAAAUAGGGACAUUUUUCAUGGACAUUGUCAACUCCUCUCACACUUAUGCAACUGGAGGGACAUCAGACUAUGAGUUCUGGUCAGAUCCAAAGCGCUUGGCGAGCACUUUGAACGACCAGACUGAAGAAUCAUGCACAACUUAUAACAUGCUCAAGGUCUCUCGUCACCUAUUUCGGUGGACCAAGGAAAUGGCUUAUGCAGAUUAUUAUGAGCGAGCCCUGACAAAUGGUGUACUAGGCAUACAAAGAGGAACGGAGCCUGGAGUGAUGAUUUACCUGCUCCCACAAAAUCCCGGAGGUUCCAAGGCCAGAACUAUCCAUAAAUGGGGAACACCGGAUGACUCAUUUUGGUGUUGCUAUGGAACAGGAAUUGAAUCAUUUUCAAAGCUGGGUGAUUCUAUCUAUUUUGAAGAAGGAAGCCAAAUCCCUGGCCUUUAUGUCAUCCAGUAUAUAUCGAGCUCUCUCGAUUGGAAAUUGGGACAGAUUGUACUUAAUCAGAAAGUCGAUCCUAUUUUCUCUUGGGAUCCUUUUCUUCGAGUGACUUUCACCUUUGAUCAGGGGGCAAGCCAAUCAUCUACUUUGAAUUUGCGUAUACCAAUUUGGACUCAUUCGGAUGAUGUCAAGGCAACAAUAAAUGCUCAAAGUUUGCCAGUACCACCUCCAGGUAAUUUCUUAUCAGUCACUGGAAGUUGGAGCAGCAGUGACAAAUUAUUCCUUCAAUUGCCCAUCAUUUUAAGAACAGAGGCUAUUAAAGAUGACCGGCCUGAGUAUGCUUCUAUUCAGGCUAUACUUUUUGGCCCUUAUCUGCUUGCGGGUCAUAGCAGUGGUGACUGGGACCUCAAGUCUGAAUCAGCUAAAUCGCUUUCAGACUGGAUAACUGCAAUUCCUGCCACUUAUAAUAGCCAUCUAGUAUCUUUCUCCCAAGAUUCUGGAGAUUCAGUUUUCGCCUUAACAAACUCAAACCAAUCUCUUACAAUGGAAAUCUUUCCUCAACCCGGCACUGAUGAUUCUGUUCAUGCCACUUUUAGACUCAUCUUGAAUGACUCUUCUUCCUCAGAACUAACAAACUUUGAAGAUGCUGUUGGAAAACUUGUCAUGCUAGAACCAUUCAAUCUACCAGGAAUGCUUUUAGUGCAGCAAGGGAAAGAAGUCAGCCUAGCCGUUGGCUAUACCGAUGGUAGCGAUGGUUCAUCUUUGUUCCGCUUGGUUUCAGGAUUGGAUGGGAAGGAUGGAAGUGUAUCCUUGGAGUCAGUAAGCAAUGAGAAUUGCUUUGUGUUUAGUGGUGUGGAUUAUAAGUCAGGAACAGCCCUGAAGCUUAGGUGCAAGAAGUCAUCGGAAACUAAAUUUAACCAGGGAGCAAGCUUUAUGGUGAAUAAGGGAAUAAGUCACUAUCAUCCCAUCAGCUUUGUCGCAAAGGGUGCAAAAAGGAAUUUUCUUCUUUCACCAUUAUUCAGCUUCAGAGAUGAAUCUUAUACCAUUUAUUUUAACAUUCAAGCUUAACAAGAUUGGUAAUAAGAAAGCAUGGAGAAAGCCUAGACAGACUCCAGUAGUGCAAUAAAUUUGCAUCUUUUGUUGUCCCCAGAGAAUGGCAGCUGUUGAUAGUUCCACGAAGACGGUCUAAAUAAGUCAAGAGUCUGUUCAUAGUCAUACCAAGAAGGAAAUUAUUCAAGAUUCAAGAUUCAAGAUUCAAGAUUCAAGAUCAUAAGUCUUGUCUUUAGGAUAGUUAGUAGUUAUUAUUAUUCUUGGGUUUCAUAGUUACCCUUUCAGAUUCUGAUUACACGCAUAUACCUGUAGCUUAAGGUACCUUCACCUGUAUCUUAAGGUAGAUUCAGUUCAGCUGCACUGUUUUGUUGAAAAGGAUGCUUCAGCAUUUGAAAUCUGAACUGCUCUCUUUUCAAUCUUCUA